AUGGCGGACAAUACUGAGUUAUAUGAUAAACUUGAGGAUUUAUCUGACCUUGAAAUUGCUCUCCUACUCUGUCUCGUCUCCCAGGAACAUGGCAUCAUCGAUACAGACCCUGAGGCUAUCGAUGAUCUAGGUAGAGAGUUGAGCCUGAUUGUCGAGAAUACGUUUGGGUUAUCAAAUGUUGUUUUUGAUGGCUCUCCUCAUACCUCCCUUGAGGAGUUCAGCAAUGCAAUUUUGACACCGGAGAGAGAUAGAAAUGAGAGUCGAAGAUCUCGAUGCUCACAGUCAAGCGCUGAUGUGGAUGGAUAUUUCGAAACCGUUUCUUUUUACAGCGAUGUAACUUCUAGAGACAAACAUAAGUCGCGGCUGAGACAGAGCUACUUGGACGAUAGGAAAGUCGUCAAUGUCAUCAUUGCGAAGAGGUUUGACCAGACGCCCGACGAAGUUCAGGUCCAAGCCUUGGAGCUUAUUCGGCUGAAGCGCAUCUUUACCAGAACUGCGGUACAUAACACACCAAAAACGUUUCUUUUCAUCCCAUUGCUUGCCGCCAAUGGUAAACCUUUAUCAUCGUUACUAAACAAACACCUGAAUGACCACAUUUUCCUUUCUCAUUUUCAUGACGCAAUGGAUGGGUUUGCAAAUCUUGAAGAUGAUUCCGGUUGGAUAUCCGAUGGAGCGGCUUCAUCCUUGUCAGUAGUUCGGCCGUCUUCUCAUUUAUCACCGGCUAUCCAUCGACCCCGUCCAAUUCUGGAAGAAGAAAUUACGAUCCUCCGACGACUAGGCGAUAGCGUAACUAUUUCCGCCGACAUGACUUGCUAUCUUCACAACUUUAUUGUGUUUUUAAGGCUUCACCGUGGAGUUUCCGGUGGUAUAUCAGCCGCAUCAACUUGUCACUUUCAGACAUUAGCUAGAUUCCUCGCUCCGUUGCAACGGCUAGAUUGCUUAGUCCCUUCACUGGUCGCCAUUGCUGCCAAAAAGGCAUACAGGCAUCGCAUCGUCGUUGCUCGUCCAAAAGACGAUCGCAGUCUGCUCUAUGGGAGCAGCUUGGCCGCGGCCAGAUCUGUUUUAGCAGAUCUGACCCCGGAGAGUAUUAUUGAGGAAGUCCUAACAGAGGUCGAGGCACCUCUGUAACUGGAAUGAUUUCCCAAUGUUGUCAAGGUUGAUUGAUUGAUGUGCUGUUCUGGCAAUACUGGCAUUACUGUAGCUCUACAGUGGAGGUAUUGUUAGCCUUGAACAUGGAUGAGCGAGCACAGUAUUACCCUUAUGGGUCUUCAUUUUGCCUGGUACCUUCCAGGUCCAGGUCAAAUGUUUGGGCUCCUGACCACAGGACCAGGGUCGAAGAAGAAAUGUCGACGACAUGAGUACACAUUGUGGUAAGGUCCUGAAUGUACAUCCUGAGAUGAGCAGAACAAUUACAGUGCCAUAGGUAGGUUGUGUUCUUACCCAGUGGAAACCACUUAGCAGUGUGCCCUGCCUUACUCAGUUGAACAAGGCCCCAUUCAAUUUGACAGCUCUGGUGCCUUACACUGAGAGUUUCUCUUGAUAUCACCGGGAGAUGGAAGGGUGAAUUCCAGCUGCACAUUCCUUGGUGGUUUCCAAAGCCUCCACUUUCCUUUUUCCACCUGGAAAAUGAAGCAGGAUCCUGGUGCUUGUGCACUUCUACAUUUGUUGAUUUCGUUCUCCAAAUGCUACCGCUCUAACAAUUUUUCUC